UGAGGUUGCAACAUCCUAUUUUCCACUCGCGUCAGAAAUGGAUUAAUUUACUCAUUUGAAUUACGAAUACUGCUAUAAGAGAAAACUGAACAUUGUUUCGAACCACAAUUUAUUGAGGUAAAGAUAGAAGCAGGCAGCCAUGGGUGGGGUUUUGAAGACCAACACACCAGAUUUGAUGAAAAAACUGAGUCAGAUGCAAGAAAGUGACAUAAUGUGUGAUUUAGCCAUACGCCUACAAGACGGCAUUGACUUUCAUGUACAUAGACUAUUAUUCUGCGCACUGAGCACUAUGAUCAUGGAAACAUGUGCUGAUCUUCCCCCCGAUCAUGUAAAUGAUCCCAAGGCUCCUUGGAUUCUAGACUUCACAGGGACUGGGCUCACUGUAGAAACAAUGUCAAAUGUUGUACACUAUGUAUAUGGCAGAACCAUAGAUUUGGAGGGGAAAGAAAAGAUUGAUGAAAUGAAGCAGGCUGCUUCAAUAUUAGGAAUGCCAACUUUAAUCAGAGUGUGUGAACAACAAAAUCGUGUUGCUAAAGUCUCACAAAACAAAGUUCUUAAUAUGAAGGAUAUAAUUGCUAAAAAGAUGCUUGUUACACCACCUACAAGUGCUAAAAAAAGCAGAAUGGAAAGUGAAACUGACAUCCCAGAUUUUCCAGGCUUUGAAGAGCCAUCUAAUAGCGGAGUGAGGAAGAUUCCCCAAAGAAAAAGGAACUACUGUGCUGAGUGUAAUGUGUAUUUUAAAAGCUCAGAUCAGCACAUAGAACACAUGAAAAGACACAGAAAGAAAUCUGUAUGUAAUAAAUGUGGAAGGAUUUUUGCAAAGCGUGAAUGGCUAGAUGACCACUUAAGAACCUGUGGCAUUAAACGUUGCAGAGAACGGUACAACUGUAUCCAAUGCAAUAAAUAUUUUCAUUCUGCUCAAAGUCUUGGAGAACACAUAGACCAGAAACACAAGGAGUUUUCAGAUGAUGACACUGAUGCCCUAUUAAUGGAUGAUGAAGCAGAACUACAGACUACAAAGAAACGUCUACGUGUUGAACAUCCUAAACAAUUGUUUAUAGAUGGUGAGGCGAUCAUCUGUGAAAAAGAUAACACAGAGUGGCCUUUGAGCUCUUACACAGUUUAUCUUCGUAAUUUUGAUAAAGUCAAUGUGUCAACUAAACCCCCAAACAGACCCAAAGGUGGUGACAUGUUUGUAUUUAAUACAACCCAGAUGACUGACCAUGAGUGGAGAUUGGAUGGGUAUGACUGGAAAAAGCAGACCAAGUCCCAAGCAAAAACACUUACCAAAGUGCACUACAUUGGUGAUGAUCAAGCUGUUGAACUCAGUGCCUUUCGCAACCCGGCUGCCCCAAAUCGAAUUGCCUCAGUUCCAUCUUCUGGAGUUCAAAAAAAAGUGACAAAUGAGAGUCGUACAUUGCACUUGAUCGGUGAUCAUACAUUUGCAGCCACACCAAGUGAUUCAGAUGCAACAAAAGAAUUAUCAGUGGAGAGUCAACAAACUGAUAACGCAGUUGCUUCUGAUAAUGACACACAUGUAGCUGAUGAAACUACAGCUGCUCCUGAUGAUGAAACCAUAGCUGCAGGAGGAGACACUGCAGUUGAUGACACCAAUGAUGUCAGUGCAGUUCCCACUGAUGAAAUUAUAAUUGAAAAUACAGCUGAAGUUGAUAACGCAGCAGCUAAGGUCAUAUCAGAAGUUAUUCCUGAAAACAUAGUGGAGCAGUCAGUGCAUACAUCUUUCCAGCCUGUUCACAAGGGCAACGGAGCUAUACUAAUUGGGAAUGACAACAGGAUGUUAGUGAACAGGGAAUGUGCUUCCUUCCUGAGCAACUUGGAUGAAUCCAUCAUCUCACUGCGACCUCCGUUGAAACCUCUUGGAGGGGAAAUGUAUGUGUUCAGCAGGAAUCAUUUACAUGACAAAGAUUGGCGAUGUGAUGGCUACAACUGGGUGAACACAGGACUCCGAUCCAAAACAUGGGUAAGAAAGAUCCAAUUUAACAUUAAAACACAAGGGCCAGAUGGAAAACCACUGAAACAUGGAUCAAGUGCCUUUCGCAAAAUGGAAUAUACUUUGGUAUCUGAUGAUACCCUGAUACUUGUCCACUAUCUUGGGGAUGAAAGUGUUUAUGUGCCCAUGGGACAUGGGAACAGCAAAAAGAGAUUUGUUGAACAUCAGAGAACAAGACCAUCAAUGCUACACAAAAUCAAAACACUAACUGAAAAUAAUACUUCAAGUUCAGUCUUCAAUGUUCUCUCUUCACCAGCAGGCGCACUUCCGGUAUCAGAAAUUACAUUGGAGCCUGAAGUGGUUGCUCCACGAAGUCUUAAACAAGUCCAAAAUCAUAAGUAUACCAAGAAGAAGAAGGAUAGAGACGCUGCCGCUGCAAAAAAUAUUGUACACAUUAUGCAGACUGAAGAUUCUAGAACAAUGGAGGCUGGGAGCCAAAUUGCUGAUUGUGUUACUAUAUCUAGUACGCAAUAUCAAAAGGACCAAACUGCCCAACAAGUUCAGCAGCCAUUUAUUGUCUUUUCAACUAAUGUAGAUCAGACCCAAUAGAAACUGAUAAAUGACAAAAUUCAAGAUAUAUGGAUGUAUUUAACAUGUUCCUAAUAAAUAGUUGCCUAUCUUUGUCAUACAUGCUAUACUAGAGUCUCUCUAAUAAUUCCAGAGGUCUUUAUAUUUCAAAGCACUUGUAACAAGGGAAACAUUAAUUUCCAAGGCUAGUGGAUGUUGAAUUGAAUUAAUAAAUUGUAUGAAAAAUUCAAUACUACUGGUCCCCACCCAUAACAAAACGGAUGAACUUCAGUCGGAAGAAAUUUAUAUUUUCAGCAUUUUCACCAAGAAGGAGUUCGAAUUGAAACCAAAUAUUUUACCCGUAUGUUAUUAGUAACAUCCGGUUA